CCCGUAAGUGAAUGACUUUGUUCUAGGACGCCCUUGCGUGGAAUUGAUGAGAAAUGAAAAGAAAAACGUAAAUGAAGACCCCGCCGAUUUUGCCAAAAACCCGCUAGGGUUUCUCUCUAUCUUCCAAAAGCUCGCCUCCAAGAUUGCUUGUUCAUAGGUAAUUGCAGUCAGCAAAUGGGGAAAACUAUUGCUGUUUGCCAGGUUGGUGGUGAGUUUGUAACAAACAACGAUGGAUCUAUGUCAUAUACUGGUGGAGAAGCAUAUGCAAUACCGGUUGUUCCCAACAUGAAAUUUGAUGAAUUCAAGUCAGAAAUAGCUGAAAUGUGCAAUCGUGAUGCAAAUACCUUAUUCAUAAAGUACUUCCUCCCAAGCAACAGACGGACUCUGAUCACAAUAUCCAAUGAUAAGCACAUGCAGUGCAUGAUUGAUUUUCAUGAGGGUUUGGCGACAAUAGAUGUUUUUGUUUUGGUUGGAGAGACCAUUGCUCAGAACACUGAUAAAACGGAUAACAACCGGGCAAACAGAGGCACAAGUAGAACAUGUCGACCUGCAAGUAGGACCACAAAAAGGGCUGCAGCCACUGAUUCAAUCACGCAAACUCCUACAACCGUCAACAAUGAUAGGAAAGGAAGGAGAACUACGGUCCCUCAUCCAGUGGCUUCAAAUGCUGUCAGGGCUGCCCCUGCCAGUGGUGAUAGCAUCGCAGGUAGAACAUGUCGACCUGCAAGUAGGACCACAAAAAGGGCUGCAGCCACUGACUCAAUCACGCAAACUCCUACAACCGUCAACAAUGAUAGGAAAGGAAGGAGAACUAUGGUCACUGAUCCAGAGGCUUCAAAUGCUGUCAUGGCUGCCCCUGCCAGUGGUGAUAGCAUCGCAGGUAGAACAUGUCGACCUGCAAGUAGGACCACAAAAAGGGCUGCAGUCACUGACUCAAUCAUGCAAACUCCUACAACCGUCAACAAUGAUAGGAAAGGAAGGAGAACUACAGUCACUGAUCCAGUGGCUUCAAAUGCUGUCAUGGCUGCCCCUGCCAGUCGUGAUAGCAUCGCAGGUAGGACCAGGAGCAGGAUUACAUCAAUUGCCACUACAGUCACUGACCCAACCACCCCAAUUGCCACCACCACUGCCGUUGGCAAUGAUAAACAGCCAGCACAAUACAGUUUACUAGAAAACACUAUAUUUGCCGUGGGACAAGAAUUUAAUAGUGUCGGUGACUUCCGUGAUGCAUUGCGUAUGUAUGCCAUUGUAAAAGGGUUUGCAUAUGUGAAAAGUAGGAGUUCAAAAGACCGUGUGACUGCCAAAUGUAGAGCCAAGGGCUGCCCAUGGCGGGUGCAUGCUACCAUACUUCGAACCAUGCAGAGGUUCAAGAUUAAAAGGAUCAACAAUGUGCACACAUGUGGAGGUGGGGUUGGAAAAGAUGGCCAUCCUCAUGCAACAAGUCUCUGGGUUGCGAGCAUUAUAAAAGACAAGCUACGAGAUAAGCCGCAGUAUACGACGAGGGAAAUCAGGAAUGACAUAUAUCGGGAGUACGGAGUCAAUCUGAAAUAUCAACAGGCAUAUGUUGCGAAGGAGGUGGCCCAGGAGAAACUUGAAGAUCUCCAGCCAUAUAGUCAGUUGCCUUGGUUCUGCAAUAGGAUAAAGGAGACGAAUCCAGGUAGUCUUGUAACUCUGACAACAACAGGCAAGUCGAGGUUUCACCGCCUUUUCGUCUCGUUCCAUGCUUCACGGCAUGGGUUUGAGAAUGGUUGCCGCCCCCUCAUUCUUCUUGACGGAACAUCUCUAAGAGAGAAAUGCCAGGGGACGUUGUUAGCUGCGGUAUCAGUCGAUGGGGAUGAUGCCAUCUUUCCCAUUGCCUUCGCUAUAGUAGAUUUUGAAUCCUAUGAUAAUUGGAUUUGGUUUUUGACAGAAUUGAAAUCAGCUGUGUCAACAAAUCGGACCAUAACAUUUGUGUCUGAUAGACUCAACGGUUUAGAGGAGGCUGUGCCACAGGUUUUCGAGGACAGCUAUCAUGCCUAUUCUCUGCAUCACCUUACCGAGGACUUCAAGCAGGUGUUGAAGGGCCCAUCACAGCCGAUGAAGGAUACACUGGCCGAUGAGAUUAAACGUGCUGCUUAUUCACGCAGCAUUACCGAUUUCAAUGCUUGCAUUGGCAACAUCCGGAAUUUCUCACACGAAGUCGCAUCGUGGACCUUGGAAAGCAAGCCUGAACAUUGGUCGAAUGCAUUCUUUAAGGGCUUGCGAUAUGACCACCUAUCAUCGAACAUUGCAGAGUUGUUCUACGGUUGGAUAUCAGAGGAGCACGGGCUAUCAAUAAUACAGAUGAUCGACAUGAUACGGUGUAAGAUGAUGGAGAUGAUUUAUACCCGCCGAGAGGCUUCUAGCACAUGGUCGACGAUUCUCACACCUUCAAUGGAGCAAAGACUAGAGUUAGAGAUACACAACUCACACUCGCUCAGCGUGUUGUCUUCUACAGGGAGCGUGUUUGAAGUCCGUGAUGAUUCGGUCAACAUUGUGGACAUCGAGACAUGGGAUUGUACAUGCCAGAGAUGGAAGAUUACCGGGUUGCCGUGCAUUCAUGCAGCUGCAGUUUUCGAUCACACAGGUAGAAAUACUUAUGAUUACUGCUUAAGAUACUUCACGGUUGAUUGUUACCGUUCGACAUACUCGGAAUCUAUCCACCCAAUACCAGAUAUAGGAAAUCCUGUAAGUGAAGAUUCCAACACCGAAAUGAUUGUUCGUCCACCCCGUCCACCUGCAAGGCCAAAAUCGAAGCAGACAGAAUUGUUUGAUCCGAGUAGGAGGCUAUGGCUUCAUCUAAAUUGCGGUAGGUGUGGUAGGUCCGGGCACAAUAAGAUGAAGUGUCCUACACUGCUGGAAGAAUUGCUUGAUCCUGGUAAGAGGCGAAGAGGCUUUCUUCAACAUUGCAGUAGAUGUCGUAGGUCCGGGCACAAAAAGAAUAGGUGCAAAGAAGUGGAAUAGGGAAAUCUCACUAGUGUUAAUUUCAGUUGUAUUUAGGAAUUAUUUAGUUGGAUGUAAAUGCUAAUGCGCCUUGGGUGAUUGUAUUGGUGUUUGAGUAUUUAGAUGUUUAAAACCAAAAUGAAGAUCGACCCUUGGAU